AUCGUUGUAAGGGCUUCUCACGAAAAAAGGAAACAACAACGAAACACAGGCUUGAGUAGACGCCAACAAAUAAUUUUUUUUUUUUUUGCCAAUUGUAAUUUAGAGAUUAGUUCCAAUUCACCAAAACACAUGGGGAGCAAGAAACAUAAAAAACACAAAUCGGACCGCUGGGGGAGGUACGAAAGUGCCCAAGGACAGGCAAGUACUGAUCGCCCACAGUUAAGAUUGAUCUUGAAAGUUGGUGGUGCUUCAACACCAGAUCUAGCGGAUCAUGGAGAUAGUUCUUCAGGAAUGUCGAACCGACCAGGGAUUGUAAAUCUUCCGUAUGGAGCUGAAGAAGAUUCCAGGCAUUCAUCCCUUUUUUCUCUUCAUGAUGGAAGUGAAAAAGAAAAGCACAAGAAAAAAAAGGAAAAGAAGAAGAAGAAAAAUAAAGACAAGGACAAGGAAAAGAAAAAACACAAGCAUAAGGACAAAAAACGUAAGGACAAAGAUGAGUCUGCCCCAGAAGGUGAUGAGUCAUUUAGGUAUGAGGUCAUAACAGUUCAACCUUCCAAUCCAAUCCAUGGUGGAGCAGGGGCCCUCUCCCCCAGGCCCAUCUUGAAAAUAUCCACAACCUCCUUAGAUUCAGGAACUGGUUCCAACUUGUCUGCCUCACUGGCCACACGCGUGCAACGUACCAGUCCUGGAGCUGCUCCUCUUCGAACCAGUCUUCGCCCACGUCAAGAAAGACCAGCAAUACAGAAGCUACUUGAGUUGCUAAUGCCAAAUCUCGAAAGAAAAGAUCCCAGACAAUUCUUUGCUUGGCCAGUAACUGAUAGUAUUGCACCUAACUAUUCUUCAAUCAUCACUAAACCCAUGGAUUUUAGCACUAUGAAACAGAAGAUUGAGGAUAAUCAGUAUAAAACACUGCAAGAAUUUACGGACGACUUUGUUUUGAUGUGUAACAACGCCAUGACGUACAACCAACCGGACACCGUCUACUAUAAAGCUGCGAAAAGACUGUUGCAUACCGGCCUACGAACUCUGACGGCCGAAAAGGUGCGCCCUUACGUGCCCACCAUAUCCAAUUAUGGCGAGUUGACAGUUACACACUUAGGCUUUGAGCCAUUGGAAGAGUCAUUCAGAGCCUUUGCAAUUCGGCAAGAGCAGUCUGCUGAAGGAAUAGAAUCGGCCGACCACGAAAUGGAAACUGGAUUUUCUUCCGGUGGUGAAACAGCUGUGGAAACGGCUCGAGAUAGUUACCUCAAGAAUGAAUCGCCGAAUAAGAGCCACUUGGAUGUGUUGCCAGACGACAUGACUCCCGACGAAAUUUUGGAGCAGGCAAAGGAGGCAGCGCAAAUUGCUGCGAAUAAGCUUGGAUACCAACAUCCAAAUGCCAAAAUGGGCUUUUUGCGGCAAAGAAAAGAUGGUACUACAUCGCUUGCCAUUUUGACUCCUUGCAACCCCGGAGCACAACCAGGAACUACUGAAGUGCCUGUUACGUUAGGUGCAUUAACGGGUAAAGUUCAACCGGGUCCAGGAACUGGCCAAUUAAUGGGUUUCAGAGAAGAUCGAAGAAAUCAAGUUAAACCUGUCAAACCAUUGUAUUAUGGUCCUUUUGGAUCUUAUGCUCCUUCGUACGAUUCUACAUUUUCAAAUCUUACAAAGGAAGAAUCAGAUCUUGUGUUAGCUACUUACGGAGAAGAAACGGGAGUUCCGUAUGCAGAAAGUAUUUUGGAUUUUGUGCGCGAUUGCGACUACGCACUACACAUCGCCGACGACCUACUCAACUUGAUGACACACGGUGAACAUUCGGCUGUGGCUAGAAUUUUAGAAGAGAAAAGACGGAUCCAUCAACAACAAGUUCUUCAACAACUAGAACAGGAACAAUUACAACAACAGCAGCAACAGCUUCUUCAGUCACAACAUGCAAAUGAAAACGAUGCGUUCAAUUUAAAUGCCCUAAGAUCUUUAGGAGACCUUGGAAUUGAUGUCUCUUUCCUGGACUCAUUUGAAGCACAGUUCAAAGCCGAACAACGGGCACGAGAAGCUAGCCAGAGUUGUCUGGAUGAAACAGGAUCCUUGAUAAGUACACUUGAGAAAACGCAGCGGGAAAGACUUUCCAAGACUCCACCGCCUCAUCUCUCUAAUAUCAUGCCACCUUCAGACUUUGAACUUCAAUUAGUUGGAAAAAUUACGGAAGGCAUCGCUUACGUAGCCAAACAGUCGACGCCCGCUACAGUGGCUUCUGUAGAAGGUGUACGGAAAGCUAUGGGAGUUUCUCUAGAUUCACUUCCAAACGAUACGAACUUGGUACCUCGUCCCACAAUAAGCAUGCAACCCGACCAGAGAGACAUCGAAAGCGAACUAAGUAAAUUACUUGGUGAAGACGGUGUUUCUGAUGUUAUGACGGAUAUAUUUCAUUGAAUUCAUUCACUCCAAAGCAUUGUUACGUCAUAUCCAUCAAUACUGGGUCUCUUUCAUUUUUCUAAUGACAAGUGACCUAUUACGGUUUUAAAAUCACAAAUAAUGAAAUACACUCUUUAUUCAAAAAAAUGAA